AUGAAACCACUUGUCUCGUUUUUCCGCAGACUUCGGUCCGUUUUGGUGCUAUGCGGUACCGUUUCGGUGUUGCUGUACUAUAGAUUUCAAAAUGAGGUCAAUACCCUCAACUCAUACGCCGAGACCGAGUCACUACCGCAAAUAAACAAGCAGGUUCCAGUUUUACCGGAUACAGCGUCUUUGGCUGGCCAGGAUGCUCCUAACAACUUCGGCUCACUGCCCAACGCGGCGUCACUGGUGGCUCUUGAUGAACAACUGCGAGAUCCUAAAGUUUUGUUGGACAAAAAUCGUUAUUUCCCGUUAAUUCACAAGCAGGAGGAUGUGCUGUCCAUAGACUGUGAUCUGGAAUUAUAUUCCCAGGAGGAAACUGCAGCGUUUAAACCUCAGUACGCUGUGCGGUAUGCAGCUUCAUUUAAAAACCCUUUGGCCGCUAAUAAACCUGCUAAGCCAUUGCCACAACUUCAAUCUUCAAAAUUAGCUGCAAUAGAGGGAUCGAAAUUGGCAGAGCAAAUGAGUGUAACGAUUGGCGAUCAUUUCUUAUCAUCGUGGAAGGCUUACAGUCGUCUCGCUUUGGGCAGUGACGAAGUCAAGCCAUUGUCAAGAAACCCAACUUCUAAUGGAUUAUCUCGGGCUACCACCAUGCUAGAGUCUCUGGACAUGCUGUAUAUGUUGAAUCAAACACAUGAAAUUUCCAAAGUUCUCACUUUUAUCUCUAAUAUGGACUUCACUCAAUCACAGGAAUUGCUAAUUGACGUAUCUCAGAAUACCCAACGUAUUCUUGGAGCUCUCUUAUCUGGUUAUGAACUAUCCGAUCAUGCAGACGGUAUCCUUCUCACUAAGGCCACCGAACUAGCAGAUUUUUUAUUGGAGUCAUUCAACACUCCCAAUCGUAUACCGCUGUUGCGUUUCCCUUGGAGCUCCAAAUUGAACAACCGAUUUCCUUUCCAAGACUCAAGUACAGGUGAGCUGGGCUCUCUUUCUGUCGAGUUUCUUCGACUAUCGCAGCUUAAAAAAGAUGAAAAAUAUGCCAAAGCUGUUGCGCACAUUUACGAGACUGCCUUUCAGUCAACAGGUCAAUUUGAUAUCGACUAUCUAUUGCCUACAAAUGUUGAUGCCACAGGCUGCCGACUGAUACCUAAAGAGCGGCUGGAACAAGGAGAGCAUGUUAAAGUCAAUGUCAUGAAAAGCAUCAUGGAUGGAAAAUACGUUCAUUGCUUGCAGACAGACAAAUUCACACCCAUCCCUGGUGUUAGAAGUUUGUUCACUGCUGACAACAGAAGUUUGCCAUUCUAUAGCAAUAUGGUGAAGUUUCAUCAGCUACUGAAUGGUGCGGACACAUCCGAAGACCUUCAGUUUUCGAGAUUCCUGGUCAAUAGCUUUGAUCGCAUUCGCAAACUGAUGAUCUUCACACCAGCUUUGCCUAAUCCUGAUCGACAGAAUUUGUCAUUCGUCAAUUCUUUGUCCACUGUUUCAUAUCAUGAUACCCACCUUAAUGAGCAAAUUGUGAGGAUUAGUCCUGACUAUACUAUGCAUCACUCAAGUUGUUCAUUAGCUUCUAGUUUUGCAUCAUUAGGGAAGUUGCUGAAUGAUCAGGGAUUUCUGGAUCAGGCUGAGAACAUUGCCAGAGGUUGCGCUCGCAUGUACAAAUUAAUCGGCGUGAUGCCUGAAAGCGCCCACGUAGGCCACUGCUUACAGCAGCCGUGCGAUUACGAUAGUUCUGAAGACAAAUAUCAGAAAGCACAGGUUGGCGAACAGCUUACAGCUCCAGGCAUAAAAGUGGAAAAUAGCCACAUCCCUGGAAAGGAACUUUCAGAGAACCCAACGAAGGUCUACAUUCACGAAGAAGAACAGAGUGCGGACCCUAUAAAGCUCUCGAAUUCGUGGCUCGUUGGUAGUCCUUUGCCAGAAUAUAUUGAUGGAGCAGUUCCAAGGUAUGAUUUAUUCCCUGAAGUCAUAGAGUCUAUAUUCUAUCUCUACAGAAUUACAGGAGAUGAAAGUUGGCGCCACUUAGGCAAGGAUCUAUGGGUAUUGACGCUCCAGGCAAUCGAACAGCCAUCCGCCAAGGGUGUUGGAAGAGUUUCCGCGCUGGAAAAUGUAUUCACGGGAGAAAAAGUUGAUUGUUUGCCUUCGGACUGGUUCUCUAGACAUCUGAAAUUUUAUUACCUUCUGUUUCAAGAUCCUCAGGCGUAUUCACUUGACGACUACGUUUUUACAAAUGGUGGUCACUUGCUCAAAAAACCACUGGCACCGCAGACAGAAGUGGGUGACAAGAAAGGAUUUUCACUAGAAUCGCUAAUAGAACAAUUUAAUCCGAAGAUCUUGUGA